AUGGUUGGCUCAAGAGUGAAGCUUGAGUUCAAUCGAGUCUACGCUCUCCGCGUGGCCUUGGUGUUUAAAAGUCCCGGGGCCUCGAACGUGGGGCAGGCCGAGAUAACCAUGGCCAGCACAUACAUAGACCCGGCUGUCAGAGCACAGCGCGCAAAUGUCCAUGAUGUGUUUGUCAUCGCACGUCACGAAAAGCAUGGGUACCUUCUGCUGCUCAACAAAGGAGCCUUGGGCAAAGAAUUCAAAAUUCCUUCAGGGAAGUUUGAGCACCCAGGCAUUGGGGGCGACAGUUACUACAAAGCAGCGAGCAAUGCCGCCAGUUGUAAGAUGCUCGUUCAGACUGGGCUGGUCAUUGCUCCGUGUCGCUUCAAAAGGAUCCUGUUCCCUGCACAAGUCCAAGAAAAGCUCGGAAACAGAGUGUUCUAUGAAGUUUGGAUCUCUGAUCAAGACUCCGUCGUCAAAGGCGGCGAAACUGCUCUUACAGGAGAACAGAACUUUUAUGUUCGCACAGACUACUAUGGUUUUACGUUUCACCAAGAUCUUCGCCAUGCCGCCGCAGCCUUGCGGGGCACCAGCCGAACUACGGCCUCCGCGUUGCUGGCAACGCAGGCCAUAUACCGUGAGACCUGCUGCUUGGGGGGAGUGAUCAUGAAGAUGGGUGAGAUGGCUCGCCAGAUGUGCGAAUGGAGACCUGUGGGCCGUGCCGUGUGCUGCACCUUGGACGCCGUGGACGCCUUGGACGUCUUGGACGCCUUGGACGCCUUGGCCCACCACGUUCUCCGCAUUUCUCCCAUCGGCGUCUCCAAGCUCAGCUUGGGCCCAUCAGACGUCUCCUGCCAGUGGCGCCAUGCGGCAGUGGCACCCAACGGGGCAAUUUAUGCCAUGCCCUGGGAGGCGAGCGCUGUGCUGCGUGUCGCGACGGAUGUCCGGCUGCUGGGGCACUUGGGCGUAACGAAUCAGGGGAAGUUUGGCUUCACCGUGGCCUCGCAGGAGUAUGUGUGUGGCAUACCCUGGGCUGCUCGAAGGGUCCUUUGCCUUCACACUUCAAAGGAUGAACUGUUGCAGUUUGGAGACUUUAGUGAUUUGGCAGGAAAGUGGCGAACUGCCGCUGCCAGACACGGGAUCAUCUUCGCACUUCCGGUUGAGGCGGACUCGGUGCUAGAGAUCGAUCCAGCAGCGAGGAGGGUGCGGGAGUUGGAGCAUUUUCCUACAGGACAGUUCACGCCCAUCCUCCUUUCGCGCUGGUCCGGAGGCUUGGCACUGGGCGAUGACAGCUUGGUAGCGUUGCCGGGCUUUGACUGUUCGAUUCUGAAGGUUGAUAUGUCUCUCGCAAAGAUCGGGAGACAUCAGCUAGACUGCGGAGGUGGGGCGGUCCACAAUUGGCACUCUGCAGUGGUGGCAAAGAAUGGUGCCAUCUAUGCAGUUCCCUUUUCAGCAUCCUUCGCGCUGAAACUUGAAUUUCAGGGGGACUCACUUCAGGCUACAAGACUUGGCAGCUUCGGCAACAACAUGGGCAAGUGGAGCCAGGCGAUUUUGAGCCAAGAGGGCGAUGUCUAUGGGGUGCCCUGGUCCGCCGAAAAGGUGUUGAAGAUCCGACCUUUGACGGAUGAGGCGGAUGGGAUGGGCACGUUGGAUAUUGACACUGCUGUGAAAAAGGCGGAGGUAUCUGCCAAAGGUUGGAGAUAUCCUUUGACCCCAUUACUGCAGCUGAGCCCUAAUCCUUCCAAAGAUGUCGUGAAGAAGAUCUUAGAGCCAUUGGGAGGCCGGAAAAACUGGAUUCCGGCGACUCUGAGAAGCUUAGCAGCAGAAAAGCGCUCAGAUGUGCUUUUCUCAGUGCUAGAGGUUUUACGAAUCACAGGGGUUCAGCUUGAUGUUCGAGACUAUACCAUCGGAAUGUCAGCCUGCAGCAAGGCCAAAUCGUGGGAGCGAGCAUGCUGGCUCUUGCGAACCAUGGAGCAAGGUAAGGUAACCCGCAGCGUCAUCAGUUUUAGCGCAGCCAUCAGCUCAUGUGAGAAGGGGAACCAGUGGCAGCAUGCCCUGAGUUUGCUGAAGGAGAUGGCCUGGGUGAAGGUUUUGCCCAACGUCAUCAGCUGCAGUGCAGCCAUCAGCUCAUGUGAGAAGGCGCAGAAAUGGCAACAUGCGGUGGUGCUGUACCAAGAAAUGCUGGAAGAAGAGCUUUCACCAGAUGUGGUCAGCUACAGUGCAGUGAUCAGUUCCUGUGAGAAGGCAGGCAAAUGGCAGCAGGCUCUGAGCUUCUUCCACGAAAUGUGCAGGGCCCAAGUGCAACCGGAUGUGGUCAGUUGCAAUGCCACCAUGAGUUCAUGCCAGAAGGGAGGGCAUUGGCAGCUUGCUUUGAGUUUGUUUGAGGCAAUGCCAGGGAACAGGCUUGUUCCCAAUGUCAUCAGCUUCAAUGCUGCCAUCAGCUCUUGUCAGCGAGGUGGCCAUUGGAAUGAAGCGAUGAAUUUAUUGGAAACCAUGCUGUCGAAGCCUUCGCUAUCGCCAGACCUGGUGAGUUUCAAUUCGACCAUGGCUUCCUUUCAAAAGGACGGUCAGUGGGAGCAAAGUUUAGGUCUGCUGGACCUCAUGUGUCGAGAAAAAGUUGCUCCCGAUGUCAUCAGCUUUAGUAGUGCAAUUACUUCCUGCGAGAAGGGGGGAAAUUGGCAGUAUGCCCUGGCACUCUUUGAGGCAAUGCGCAAAAGACAGCAUCAGCCUGAUGCCGUGAGUUGCAGUGCGAUCAUCAGCUCCUAUGAUCAAGGAUCACAAUGGCAAGUGGCCAUCAGAUUAUUUGCAGUCAUGCAGCAGCUUCUCCAAACUGAUGCCGUGAGCUAUGGCGCAAUACUCAGCUGCUGUCACAAGGCGGCACAAUGGGAGCAAGCCUUGGCUCUUUUCGAAGCUAUGCCAUUGAGCAAGGUGGCACCCAACGUCGCCAACUUCUGCGCAGUGAUCGGUGCCUGCGAACGGGCGCAGCAACGACAGCGGGCCACGGGCCUCUUGAAGCUGAUGCAGGUGAGCAGCUUUGGGAACUUCGAGCCGGGCCCUGCGAGAUGGAAAGAAGGCGUGUUGGCAUCCACUGGCCUCAUUUACUGCAUCCCCGAAGCUGCUCCAACGAUCUUGAGGAUCGACCCCUCCAGCGACACCACCCUGCAGCUGCCAGUGACGCCUGGAGGACUAGCGCCCCCGACCCCGGUCACCACAUUUUCUGGCACCACAACGACGGUGCAGGUAAUGUGUUUGGGCUUCAUAUGUCCUGGGGGUGCCAAGCUUCGACCAGAUGCAUCUGAAUUGGUAUGCCGACAUAUGCCAUGUUUCGAGAUUUGUUGCCUCAGCAGCUGCGAAAGCUUUCAGUGCCUGGAGGGCUAUUCCAAAAAGCCGCGGGCGCAGGAAUUCAGCUGCCAAGCUGGAUACUGCAGCAGCACAGACCUACUCACCUGUUGCAACGUGGACCUUUGGUAUCCAAAUGUCUUGGUGCCGCUUCUGAUCUUUGCCUUCACCGGCCUAACCUGUGUGUGGGCUCAGAGCCAGCGGUGUCGCAAGGAGCGUUUGAGCCGGCGCAGGAAGUUCAGCGUGCUCUACUUCACGGUUCUAUUUGCUUGGGAUGUUUGUGAUCAAACUGCGUCCUGGUGGUUUUGGCAAUACACAGGGGAUGUUGGCGCUUCUUUGGUCGUGCAGGGUCUGGCGAUGAUGUCAGCAAUGAUGGGCACUGUGAUCAUCUUGCUGGCCUUCUUCGCAGGGCUCUUCAUGACCACUUCGCAACUCUUGGAUCAGCACGCGCCAGAGUUGGCAUAUUCUGUGGCAGCUGGCUGUGCCGAUGUGAUCAUGUUGAUUUGCGUCUUCAUCUUCGAGACCGAAGGCCUCGAUGAAGGCAGUUGGAUCAAAAUUCUCAAUCUGAUUGCCACUCUGAUCGACUUCAUCCUGAAGGUCUUGCAGGCUGCAGGGGCCCUCUUUGGCACCGCACGGGAGGACGAGGAUCCCUUGCUGGAUACUGUGCAGGUGAUGAUUGGCGUGAAGGAAACCACCAGCAACGAGCAGAUCCUGGCAGUGAAAGAAGGCCUCGCUGCGUUGAAGGACACCUGCGGUAUUUUGGAAUUUGAGUUCGGCACGGACUUGAAGCUGCCAAGUGGGCAAAGUCAUCCAGCUGGGAAGAAUCGGACCUGCACUUGGUACGCGGACUUCCCUUCGAUGGAAGCCUAUGAGGCCUACGCGGCUCACCCUGAGCAUGUCAAGGUGAUUAAUGACCUGAUCAAACCCAUCAUGGAGCCCGGAAGUAGGGCGGCCAUCCAAUACGAACGCUGA